CGACAAAUCCCAGAGUUCCGUUAGUGUCGAAGAUGAUGUCAUCUCCGUCGGAGUUAACUAUUGCUGUGUAUUGUUACGAAGACAGUGUAAGGACUCGAGAGAAAGGCGCUAUACUUUUCACUAGUUGAGCGGAUUUUAAAGUGAAAUAAUACAUAGAAUAGUUUAUCGAAGUCUCGAAGAUUUAAGGGUUCCAUAUAUUUUUUUCAUGCUACCUGAGCUCGGGAUUUCCCGAAGGUGACGUCACUAACGUAAACCUUUGGUCCGAUAUGCAAGUGGCAAGUGUUGAUUUUUAGUGGACUACACUAACUGUGAAAACAAUUACAGCCGGAUUUAGUAAACAGGAGCACACAUGUCGACUAUCUAGCAUUGUCGCGUAAUUGGAUGAUUUUAGUGCAGCAUUUUCUGCCUUUUGUUUUUCUGUAAGUGUAAAGGAAGAUGGACAAUGACGAUGGAUUCAUGGAUGGUGGAGAGAGUGACGGCUCGCAUGGCCCAACUGAUAAUGAUGACGAAGACGAACUGCCAAUGGAUAUGGAACCACCAGAGUCAUCGACAAAUGAACGUAGAGAUGAAGAUGACUUCUCAUAUGAAGUGCUAACCGCAGAUCAAAUAGUUGAAUUUAUGGUAGACUGUAUUAAAGAAGUAAAUGCAGUUGUCCAGAUCCCUGCUACAAUAACCCGCAUUCUUCUUAACCAUUUUAAAUGGGAUAAAGAAAAACUAAUGGAAAGGUAUUAUGAUGGUGAUCAAGAUAAACUUUUUUCAGAAGCUCAUGUAGUCAGCCCUCAUCGACGGGAUAGUGGAAAAGUUACCAGACGCUCAGGGCGUAGUAGUGUUCAGGAUGGCAAUGUUCUUUGUGAAAUUUGCUAUUUUUCCAAGGCAUUAGAAGAUAUGAAAGGAUUGGAGUGUGGUCAUCGUUUCUGUGCACACUGUUGGGCAGAAUACCUCACCUCAAAGAUAAUGGAUGAGGGCAUGGGACAAACAAUUUCAUGUGCUGCCUUUGGCUGUGAUAUUCUAGUAGAUGAUAAAAGUGUCAUGGAAAUGAUUAAAGACCAAAAAGUGAAAUUGAAAUACCAACAAAUAAUAACAAAUAGUUUUGUAGAAUGCAACAGGUUAUUGAGGUGGUGUCCAGCCCCAGACUGUGGUCAUGCAGUUAAGGUGGCUCACCAUGAUGCAAAACCGGUGACCUGUGUGUGUGGCCAUACCUUUUGUUUUUCGUGCGGGGAAAACUGGCAUGAUCCUGUGCGUUGUAAAUGGCUUAAACAGUGGAUUAAGAAGUGUGAUGAUGAUAGUGAGACCUCCAAUUGGAUAGCAGCUAACACAAAGGAGUGCCCAAAAUGUCACGUCACGAUAGAAAAAGACGGCGGCUGCAACCACAUGGUUUGUAAAAAUCAGAACUGCAAAGCAGACUUUUGCUGGGUUUGCCUUGGGCCUUGGGAACCUCAUGGAUCCUCUUGGUAUAAUUGUAAUAGGUACAACGAAGAUGAUGCUAAAAAAGCGAGAGACAGUCAGGAGCGAUCCCGAGCUGCACUCCAACGGUAUUUAUUCUACUGUAACAGAUAUAUGAAUCACAUGCAGAGUCUCAAGUUUGAGCACAUGUUGUACCAAUCCAUCAAGUCUAAAAUGGAGGAGAUGCAGCAACACAACAUGUCAUGGAUAGAAGUCCAGUUCCUCAAGAAAGCCGUGGAUGUCUUGUGUCUAUGUAGGCAAACCCUAAUGUAUACUUACGUUUUUGCCUUUUAUCUCAAAAAGAACAACCAAUCCAUUAUAUUUGAAGAUAACCAGAAAGAUCUAGAAAAUGCAACUGAACAGCUUUCAGAGUAUUUAGAGAGAGAGAUUUCUUCAGAAGUGCUCCAUGAUAUUAAACAAAAAGUUCAGGAUAAAUACAGAUAUUGUGAAAGUCGUAGAAAUGUUCUAUUAGAUCAUGUCCAUGAAGGCUACGAGAAGGAUCAGUGGGAGUACCUGGAAGCCUAGGUCACAAUGGUCUGACAUCAAAUUAGAAUAAAUCUUUGUUGUAUGUGUGCGUGGAAAGGGCAUUCUCCAUCUUAGCUGGCGACUCGAUGAUGAUGCCAUUUUGUUUUUCCGAGAUAGAUGUACACAGGAUAGUAGCUGAUGGUCAUCCCGAGCUACUGCUUACCAGAUGUACCACUGGUCAGUCAUGACUGGCCAAGACUUGUACAUGUAUGGAAAUAAAAACUAACCCAGGCACUUGACCUCUCUUUUGUCCUGUACUAUACACCUUUGGUUCAUUUCAUUACUUGAUAUUACAAAUUUUAAGUUUUUAAAUUUAUUUUUUUUUCUUCCUUUUUUUUUUUUAUCUUUUUUUUUUUUUUUGUGGAAAGGUAUGAGUAGAGUGGAUGUUCCUAAUUUAUUUUGUAUCUGGAACUUUGUGCGAGAGAGAUCUGUGGAGUCAUUCGCUGGGCAGGUGGACUUAUCCCAAAAGUUAUUUUGUUCUCUGUGUUUACAUGCAUCCUUCACACACAAGUUUGUCCUAGAUUGUUGUUUUGCUGCCUGGCAAGAAGAUAAUCAAAUGCCAUAAAGUUACACUACGAGUGAAUUUGUAUAGAGCCUUGCCCAAACCUUAUAUUGUACAUUUUGUGUUAGGCGAUUUCAUUUGCUGACAAAUUGCUUGAUUCGGUCAUUUGUUUGGGGGCAACAUUUAAGAUCAUUGUACAUAUUUUAGAAGCGCUGCAAUUUCUUUUUUUUUCUGUUCAAGUCUCUGAUGAAAGUUCAAUUCUUCUCCUCUGUGUUUGCCGAGUGUAUUCAUGUGAAAGUGAAUGAGAUGUCAGAGCCUCCGAUUGGCCCUUUGAUCUCCAGCUCUAUAUGCAAAACACAUUGAAUCAGUUGAAAGUCUGCGUGGGUCUGACAUUUUCAUGCCUGUGUUCUUGUGUCUGUGUUGAGAAAACUGCGCUUUAGUUUGCUAGAUAAUACCCCCUCCCACCCCGUGGCCACUUCAAAUAGGACUUUCAUAAUAUCUAUUUAAUACAUUCGGAUAUAUAUCAUCUGUUUGUUAUACUAAUGUUUUUUUUUUUAAUUAUGUAAAAAAUGAUUGCAGAAAAAAAAAAUGAAUAAACUUUAAAGUCUGAAUCAUGA